CACAGUCUGCUCUGCAUAAGAAAAUAUCCAAAACCAUUAAACACGGUAUUGAAGGCUGUGACUGAGGUAUGCAGCACGGCAGAAGGACUUUCUAAAUCCAAACCCUGUUUUGAAAUCCUGCCAGAGAGGUUAUGGCUCCUGCAGUGCCCCCAGGACAAAUCAGAGGACAUCCUAUCAGGGCUGCUGUGAUCCGAUGUGAGCGCUGCUGGCUCAGACAGAGCUGAGCAAGGGGUGUCCCUCACACCCAGUCACAGCUUUCAGCUCCAGCCUGGAAAGGUAUGGCUGGGGGCUGUCUUGCCAAACACCCACAGCAGCAGGUUCCUCCUGUCAAUCCGCAAUCAUGGAAGCAAUAGAGAUAACAGCCUCUGCUCCAUUCCUUCUUGUCUGCAGCCCCAUCACCCCGCACUGUUACCAUUUGUCUGGGUUGGAAAAAUUGUCCAAAAUAUCCAAUGUCAUUACUGCUUGCUGUGCAUCCUCACUGGCAACUUUUAUUUGAACUAAUUAAUGAUUAACGGAGUGCUCUGAUUAACUUUGUUUAAUAGUACUGAAGAGAAGAACGAGCGGACAAGACCAGACUGUAGCAAUAUUAAAUUCUCUAAUCACUUGAUGAUUUGAGGAAGGCUAACAGAGAUGCAGUAACCUUCCUGCAGUACUGAGUACUAAACCAACUCAUGCCAGCUACUCUGGGGAAAAGAAAGAGCUGAAAGCAAGAUGAAGCCCACUUUCUCCUUGUGUUUAUUGCUGGUUGGUUUGCAUACUGUUGCCCUGUGUCAUCAGCAUCCUCGUUACCGUAAUAAGCAGGAUAAUUCUAAAGGGACACAUUAUCCAGGACAUAGUUCUCAGUGGGAAGAAGCUUCUCCACUUAAGAACAAAACCUUUGUCAAACUAGUUCUCAGCAAUGCUGAGUUUGCAUUUUCCUUUUACAAGCUGGUCGCAUCUGAAGCAACAGACAAAAAUAUUUUCUUUUCACCCAUAAGCAUCUCUGCUUCCUUUGCGAUGCUGGCACUUGGUGCCAAGGCUGUGACACUGACACAGAUUUUGGAAGGGCUUGCCUUUAACCUGAAAAAGACUCAGGAGCAGGAAAUACAUGAAGGUUUUUGCCAACUCCUCCACAUGCUGAACCGUUCAGACAGUGAGUUCCAGCUGAGCCUGGGCAAUGCCCUUUUUAUAGAAGAGACACUAAAACCACUACAGAAGUUCUUGUAUGAUGUCAAAAGCUUUUAUGAAUCUGAAGUCUUUUCUACUGACUUCAAUAACUCUGUUGGUGCUGAGAGUGAGAUCAACAGCUAUAUCGAUGAAAAGACAAAUGGGAAAAUUGUUAAAAUAGUGGAAAAUCUUGAUCCUCUGACUGCAAUGGUUCUCGUUAACUAUGUCUUCUUUAAAGCCCAUUGGGAGAAACCGUUCAACACAGCACAGACAAAACAGGAGGAUUUUUUUGUGGAUCAGAAAACAUCUGUAAAAGUUGACAUGAUGUAUCGAAAGGGUUACUACAGAAAUUACUUUGAUGAAGAGCUGUCCUGUUGGCUGGUUCAGAUACCUUACAGUGGAGACGUUGCAGCAUUAUUUGUUUUGCCUGAUGAAGGGAAGAUGAAGCAAGUAGAAGAUGCCCUCGUGAAAAAAACUAUAACUAAAUGGGAAAAGUCCCUCCAUGACAGAAAAAUACAUCUGCACAUUCCAAAAUUUUCUAUUUCUGGUACCUAUGAUGUGAAAAACAUAGUCAAACAGAUGGGCGUGGUCGAUCUGUUUACUGAACAAGCUGAUCUCUCAGGGAUUACUGAGGAGCCUGGACUGAUGGUUUCAAAAGUGAUCCACAGAGCCCUGCUGAAUGUUCAUGAGAAUGGCACUGAGGCGGCCGGGGCCACCGUGAAGGAGGUUACCUGGAGAUCUGGGGAUUUUCCUCGCCCGCCUCGAGUCAAAUUCAACAGACCAUUUCUCCUGAUGAUUCUGGAUAAAUUCACCCACACUGUCCUCUUCCUUGGGAAAAUUGUAAACCCUCAGCAAAAUGACUGAUGAAAUUCACGCAUAUCACUGGCUAAAUUCCUGUGAUCCACUGAAACAUUAAUGUAUGCAUACCACUCUGUGCUAGUGCUUAUCUUUCAACCAUUAUCCUUAGAAACCUUAUUAAUCCCUUAAAACACAAAAACUAUUCUCCCUUGUCCAAAAGUCACUAGGAUUUCCCCCAGCCUACCUGAAUAUAGCAUGUAGUGUUGAUGAAAUACAAGUCACUCUUCACCAGUUCUGUAAGGCCCUGCUUCUGUGGGGUAUUCAGUUGGUUCAAAGUCUCCAACUGAUUAGGUGUUGCUGUACAGUCACAAGGUGCCCAUGUGAAGGAGAAACAGGAAAAAGGAGGUGCAAGUUGUAAGUCCUGUCUGUUUAAUCCACUAACCUUUGAUGACUACUCUUAGAUGCAGAUUUUUUUUUAAUAUUGGAGUGAAUUUUCAUUAAUUUCUUUAGGUUUUAUAACCAAGUAAGCAUGAAACUGCAGGAUCAGUGACUGAGAUGUUGGAGGAAACACCAGUGUAAAGGGCUGAUGAGUGCAGCUGUUUUAGCUUGCCUUCUUCUGUCUCCUCUUCAAUCAGAAGCCCUUCACAUGGAGACAAGAAGGCUGCUUUUGUUGCACAGGUUAACAGCCACAGAAAAAGAACUGCCGACAUGGCAGACGCUUUGGAACAGCACGCACUGAGCGGCUCUCUGAAGUACGGAGAAAAGGAAAACCAGCAGCGUGGAAAUAGCAGUAAACUGUAUUUGUUGCCAUAUUUAGGAACUAAAAAUGAAACAAAGACUAAAAACGUAAAUGAGGAGCUCAGAAACCCAGGCUAACCCAUGGUGGAGAUAAGUUUAACAGUCAUCUACAAAUUAUGUGAAGUUCAACAGACACUGGAAGAAAACCAGAGGCAAUUUUGAGUGGUGUUAAAGACCAUAAAAGAAGGAACAAGCAAAAGCAGGAAACUGUAUAUUGGUGUGGGGCCAGAGAGAGAAAUAGGAUGCUUGUGGUAUAAAAGAAAAUCACCUAUUUCCAACAGCCAGUGGCUAGUGCCAGUGCACAGGUCUGUCAUUGUUCUCAGUGUUGUACAGCACCUGCUAGGGAGAAACUAAAAGCACAGAACAGAAGCAACAGUCUUAAAUGUCAUGGGCUGAAAACAAAUUACAUAUUCCGCUGGAAAGUCCAACUAAUACUCUGCUAAAGGCACAAAGUAAGGAUGGCACACCUCUCCUAUGAAGAAAUGCUGAGAGAACUGGAAUUGUUCAGCCUGGAGAAAAGAAGGCUUUGGGGCUACUGAAUUGCAGUGUUGCAGUACCUGAAGAGACCCUACAGGAGAGAUGGAGAGGGACUUUUUACAGGGCCUGGAGUGACACAACAAGGGGGAAUGACUUCAAAAGGAAAGAGAGUAGGUUUAAUUAGAUAUUAAGAUGGAUUUUUUUACUGUGAGGAUGGUAAGGCACAGAUGAAACAGGUUGCCCAGACAAGUUGUAGAUGCCCCAUCCCUGGUAGUGUCAAUGGCCUGGCUGGAUGGGGCCCUGAGAAAAACUGGUGUGGUGGAAAUUGCCCUUGCUCAUGGCACGGGUUGGGAACUAAAUGAUCUUCAAGGUCCCUUCUAAUCCAAACCAUUCUAUGGUUCUGUGAUGUAAUGUAUUUAAUUUUGUUUUCAGAUAGUCUAGUAAUUGUCACACGAUUAGAAAUUAACAGAUAUUCCCGAGAAAUACUAUGAGAAUUUCUCAGUUUUUAAAGCAAAAAAAAAAAAAAAAAAAUUGGUGAUUAAUCAGGGCUGAAAAUGUGGCUUCUAUUGCUGUCGGGAACUUGGCAGCUAUGAAGGUGCCAUGGUCAAGAUCCUCAUAGCCAGCAUCCAUCACCUUCCAGUCACAGUAACCUCUAGGCUCAGGAAAUCCAUGUGAUAGAUACAUGCCUCAAAGUAGUGCUGUCCCACAGCCUUCAAAGAGCAUUGGUAACCUCAAAUGUCCCUGCACACUCCUGGCAUAUCAGAAUGAGAUACCAGCAGCAGAAUCACCUAUGCUCAGGGACACUGGAGCAGCAGCCCAGGGCCUGUCAGGCUCCACAAGCUCCUGUGAGCCAGUCUGGUGAGGAGGGGAUGUUUCCAGAGCAUCUGCAGGAGAUACAAAUGGCUCUGGGAAUGCGUGACCUGGGCAUGUCUCAUAGGAUGUGGUGCAGCACUUGGCACGGGCAGGGCGUGCAGGGAGGUCCACAGCUCAAGUAAACGUUAAAUGCUGUAAAACUGGGCUCUUGCCUCAGAGCCAAAACCACUGUGUCCCCUGAGACAGCCCUGAGAAGCCUGGUGCUUCCACCCAGAUGCGACUGGUAAAGAAGGAGAUGUCAGUACAGGUGGUAGCCUGCAAUGGAUGCCCAGAUGCUUCCACUGGAGAAAAGGCUGGUGCCUACACAAAGUGUGCACGGGCUGAUGGCCUGGUGUGGCAUGUAGAUGAAUUCCAGGAGACAGUUAAUGGCUUGAAGUAUUAGAGGGGCUGCAACAGAGCUAGAUAACCUGGCUUCUGGAAUGAGGUGUAUUUAAUAGUAGCACUGGCUACUAGGAGACUGCAAAAGACGGAAGAACAAAAAAAUGCAUUUUGCUCAAAUGUUUCCAGGCCUUCUUAAUGGAAAACCAUAAUACUAACUCAGUAGUUCUACUAUAUAUUAGAUUCCUGGCUUGUGCUCUGUCAUUUGGCCAGGAGACAAAAAGUGAUCACUUGACACUUGCCAAGGCUUGGAAAAGAGUCAUAUUUCUCUUCUUCGAACAUGACAUGGUUUGGUCAUUUUUUUUAUUUCA